GGGAGAAGUUGUUUAUCGGCUCUGCUAUGGAUCUCUCCCCACAGCCUGGAAAUUCACCAUAUCUGGUCAAAACAUCCCGCCGGCACUAAAAUAGAGUAGCGCCUGGGCAACCCGAUCUGAGCCCCGGCUCCGCCACAUCCCGGGGCCGAGCCCGGUGCCUGGGAGCUGCUUUAGCCCGGGGUGGGUGGGCGGAAGGCCGCUUCACAUCGGCUUUAAAAAUAGCCCGUGGAAGGCGGCGUCACGGCGUCACUUUCUUUAAAUGGCUAAAACUCGGAUACUGUGUAUCGGAUUGGGACACUUCCCCCAAACAAGCAGCCUGCUUCGGGCUCUCUCUCUCUCUCUCUCUCUCUCUGUGUGUGUGUCCUUGACCCGAGUGAAGGCAGCCUGGUGCUUUCAUAUUCACUGCUUCAGAUUGUUCCGUGACCGACACUCAGGUCUGCUGCAAUAUUGCAAAGGAGAUACAAACAAAGAUUGAAUCAACAUGUCUACACCAUUUAGAAAGGAAUUAGAAAAGUAUCGAGAUGUUGAUGAAGACGAUCUUCUUCGAAAAUUAUCAGAAGAGGAGAUCCAACAAUUGGAAGAUGAGUUGGAAGAACUAGAUCCUGAUAAUGACCUUCUACCUGUAGGACUAAGGCAGAAAGAUCAGACAAAAAAAGCACCGACAGGCCCAUUAAAUAGAGACCAGCUUCUGGAGCAUUUAGAGAAACAAGCAAAGGAGUGCAAAGACAGAGAGGACUUGGUUCCCUACACAGGAGAAAAGAGAGGGAAACCUUGGAUCCCCAAAGAGAAGCCUGUGCAGUUAGUAAUUGACAGUGUUACCCUGGAACCAGAGCUGGAAGAAGCCUUGGUCAAUGCUACUGAUGCUGAACUGUGUGACAUAGCAGCUAUCCUUGGUAUGCACACACUAAUGAGCAACCAGCAAUAUUAUGAAGCUCUUGCCAGUAGCACAAUUGUUAACAAGGAAGGCCUUAACAGUGUAAUCCAACCCACUCAAUAUAAACCAGUUCCAGACGAGCUGCCAAAUUCUACAGAUGUGGAAGAAACCCUAAAGCAAGUUGGGGAAAAUGACCCUCAGCUUGAGGAGAUAAAUCUCAAUAACAUAAAGAACAUUCCUCUUGCCACUCUAAAAGCAUAUGCUGAAGCUUUGAAGAAUAAUACACAUGUGAAGAAAUUCAGUAUUGUAGGAACUCGAAGUAAUGAUCCUGUUGCCAUUGCGUUUGCAGAAAUGCUGAAAGUUAACAAAACAUUGAAAAGUUUGAAUGUGGAGUCCAAUUUUAUCACUGGCAAUGGAAUCCUGGCUCUAGUGAAAGCUCUACAGUACAAUAACACAUUGCUUGAACUUAAAAUUGAUAAUCAGUGUCAGCAGCUGGGUAAUAAAGUGGAAAUGGAAAUUGCAAAUAUGUUGGAACAAAAUCCAACCCUGUUGAAGUUUGGCUAUCAUUUUACUCAGCAAGGUCCAAGGCUUCGGGCAUCCAAUGCAGUGAUGAGCAACAAUGACCUUGCUCGCAUUAAUCGAGCAGACGGUUCCUGGUCUAGAUUCUCAGCUUUGGAACUGGAGGAGAUAUAAUAAAUACUCCAACGUGUGGAAUAGAAAGGAAUGCCAAAUUAGUCAGGCAAAGCCGACUGCAGGGCUUCAAUGGCCCCAUCUUCCCCAGGUGUCGGACAACUGUCUAAUCUGUUUGUGAAGACUUCCUGCCUCUACAGCUCACGCCCUACACCGAUGGAUUCUACAUACACCCAAGAGGGCGUCCCCAAUUCUCUGCUGUGGCUCCAUUUUUUUCUUUGUGUUAUAUGAUGGGAUGAUGUAUCCAAUUGAAGUUUAGUGUGAAGUCCAAUGGCAGACAUCUAUAGAUGUAGCUUGAACAGAUUGUGGUGUAUUUGUCUGACAGAAAAGUAGCAGUAUGUGCAGUGCAGAAUUAUGUUUCAGUUCAGUUUGUGCUGUGUGCUUUGAAGCUUGAAGCCAUCAGUUGAGUACAUCCCUAAAUGGAUUAUUGGUUGUACCCAUAGAUAUAUUGUGCAUGUACAAGCUUGCUGUUCUAGGAUUUACUGUAGAAACAUAGGUAAUCCUUUUUAUUUAUAUGAUUUGACACCAGAGAAUUACCUCCUAGUGUAACCCCGCUGUACUUUCAUACAUUAACACUGUGGCAAUCAGAAAUGAAAUAAUGCACUGCUUCAGAACUAUGUGCAUCACCCUGUUGUCUGCUGAUUUUCAGACUUUUCAUGUAACCAGCGUCUCUACUGAUUUGAGUUACUUAUGAAGUAAGAUUUUUAAAAACCCAGAAUGUUUUUGUUUUUAAAUCAAAAUAUUUAUUUUAGGUAGAUUUAAAAUCAUGGGAAUUUAUUUAAACACUUGCUUUUUGAGAUAUCAAAUCCGAGGAGAUGCAGCCUCUGUUUAUUCUUCAUGUUACUGCAGAUGUUCUCACUGCUGAGAAAUAGAGAGCAAGAAAUGACUUGAAAUAAUUUAUUGGCUGUAUUUACAAUGUGCCUUAAAAGUAAAAGUAUUUUGAAUACCCAAAGUAACCUUUUCAAAGACGUAUUUUCAAUUAAGCAGAGUCUGUUCUAGUUCAAAACCGAGAUCUGUUCAGAUUUUGAAAGAUUCAUCAAAAUAAGUUAUUGUUUCAUUCAGUUGGCAGACUCAGACCAGACUGCUCACACUCGUGGAGCUGUAUUCAACAAUUCAUGGACACCAGACUUCUAUUUUCCAUGAAACCAUUUAUUUCUAAAGCUGGGACAUUUUUUGUCUAAACAGAGAAUGAAUAAUUGAUUUGCUUAUAAAUUUCAGACUGAUUCCAGGAAUUAAACUUUGUGAUUAACAGAGCAGGCUCUGCCCAAAGCAGGUGAAAAUAUUGGUUUUAAAUCUACAAAGUUGUGGUUUCUUUCAAAAAUUAGAAUGUAUUGAUUCUUGCACUUUAUGACAAAUAAAGCAUCACAAUUUUGGGCAUUCUGUUGCUUCACAUU